CAGUUGUAGCCCGGCUGUUGCGGUGGUCGAACGCAUAUCGGCGCGUAUCCCUCGCACUACACUCUCUCUUGGAUAUUUCGCUGCUCCUUCGGGAACCUUGGUCAGGAGCCCUUGUCUCGCCGACUCUCCUGACGCAUUCCUUGCUUCCUAUCUGUAACGGACACAUCCCUCUGCCUCCUUCGAAGGCUCCCCGAAGGAGAUUUGUGUUUUGUGAAUAGUAUGAAAAUUUGUGUUGGAGCGACUUCGCUAUAGGACCAUGCUACUGAGGACACACACCAAACGGCUCGGGGCCUCGCAGGCGUGGCGGUGCAUGAGCGCACUGCUCGCGCUCGCAUCCCUCACGCUGGCAAUGGAAGUCGCAGACCCGGAAUUACUUCGGCAGAGCCAUGAGGCCGCGGUCUCUUCUCUCCUGCAGGAUCCCGCCCUGCCCGACGCCGCCCACGAUCAUCGGGCCCCCCGUUCCAUCCAACAGAUUCCCCUUGGCACGUCGGGCUUCUCACUUCCUGUCGACAUCGAUCCCAUCCCAUCAGGCCCUCGCGUCACGAUGCCACACAUCAGCUUCCGGGACAUGGGAAACAUCGUACACCAAGCAACGCUGGCUGUGAACGAAAGGUUCGACUCCAUAGAACCAGCUAUAUUCAACAGCGGUGCGCGACAAGUGCCAGGAACUCCUGCGUGGUAUAUGGCAGCGUCACACAAAACGAAGGUCGUCGCCAAGAACAUCUCGCGAAUUGCUCUCAUCUCUGAGGAAGCCACCAAAUACAUGGCCCAGCAAUUCCGCCUAGACAAGGACCAGGUGACGUAUGGCCUUCCGACAGCCGACGUGCGAGGGACUGUCCUUGCCGACUCCUGUCCCGUUGAGGUCGAUUUUCCUUGUCAGCCACGCAAGUACCGCGCCUUCAAUGGCUACUGCAACAACGUCCAGAAUCCUCGCUGGGGCAACGCCAACACCCGCUACCUGCGCUUCCUUCCGGCCAACUAUGGGGACGGCGUCUCGGUGCCCAGACAGACGUCCGCCGGAGAGUUCCUUCCCUCGGCUCGGGCCGUGAGUCUAGCCAUACACCGCGACCACGACACGCCGCACAAGUACAUGACGGCCAUCGCUGCUGUGUUUGGCCAGUUUCUCGCCCACGAUCUCUCUCACACGCCACAGAUGGCAGGGUACAUCGGCCAGCGCCUUCGCUGCUGCGGCGUGAACUUCAGCGACUUCCACCCCGAGUGCUACCCGAUCCGAAUCCCCGACGACGACCCGGUCUACGGUCCCCUGCAGCAACGCUGCCAGGAGUACGUGCGAUCAGGCACCGCGCCGAGGACUGGUUGCACGCUGGGUCCCCGGGAACAGAUCAACCAAGUAACGUCUUUCAUCGACGGUUCAGUCCUGUAUGGCUCCAGCAAGGAGGAAUCUGACGAUCUGAGGGCCUUCUCCGGAGGUCUCUUAAAAGUGCAACGCGGACCAGGCGGGACACAGAUCCUUGUGGAGGACGAAAACCAAGUGGACUGCAAGUCUCCCACUUCUAGGCACAAGUGCUUCAAGUCCGGUGACGUGAGAGUGAACGAACACGUGGGAAUCGCUUCCAUACACCAGCUUUUCGUUCGCGAGCACAACCGCAUCGCCGCCGCCCUGGGAGACCUCAACGCUCACUGGACCGACGAACAGAUUUUCCAGGAGGCGCGACGUCUCGUCGGCGCCGAGAUCCAGCAUAUCGCCUACACGGAAUUCCUGCCCUCCAUCCUAGGCCAGGGAAUCGUUGAGAAAUAUGGACUGACUCUCCAAACUUCUGGAUUCUUCUCCAACCUAAGAAUUAAUCUUGUCCGUCUUCCGUUUCCGCAGAGUCGAAAAUUGAACGAAAAGCCGAUUACGGACACCUUCUACCAGCCGUUUGACCUCUAUGAACAAGGAAAGUUCGACCAGAUUUUAGAAGGACUCAUCACCGCACAUGCACAGAACGAAGACACUGCGAUUUCAGAAGCUAUGACGAACAAGAUGUUUGGAGAUUCAAGAACAGGCGUGGGCCUUGACUUGGCCGCUCAGAUCAUCCAGCACGGCCGCGACCACGGCGUCGCCGGAUAUAACAAGUGGAGGCAUUUCUGUGGACUCCCGAAGGCGGCCAAGUUUGAUGACCUCAGUGACGUCAUGUCCCCCGAAAAUAUUAAGGCUUUGAAGGGAGUUUAUAAGGAAGUUGAUGACAUCGACCUGUUCACUGGCGGUCUGGCGGAGAAGCCGAACCGUGGUGCUCUCGUCGGCCCGACAUUCGGCUGCCUUAUCGGCCGACAGUUCCACUACCUUCGCCGUGGCGAUCGCUAUUGGUACGAGAACGACAUCCCUCCGUCAGGGUUCUCUAAGGAACAGCUGUAUGAGCUCCGCAAGGUGACCCUCGCCAGGAUCGUGUGCGACAACAGCGACGGACUGGAGUAUGCGCAGCCGAAGGUUAUGCUGGAAGCAGACUCCUUCUUGAACGCCCGCAUGUCAUGCCAGGGAAAGAACCUGAAAUCCGUGGACCUCCGCAAGUGGAAAACGGCGAGCCCAAACUUCAUCAUCCCCGACCAGAUGCUUGCGGAGAGCAUCGAGCGAGCCAAGCGCGACAUCGGCAGCAUGAGAGAUUCGGAGUGGAAUCUCUGGGAAAGCAGGGGCGGGAGGAAGCCCCGUGACCUGACCAUGACCUACGAGCCCCGCUCCAUGACCUCCCAGCCACAUCCCAUGUCCCACGAGGUCAUGCACGCCUUGGUAGACCGCAGCGACGUGGGCCUGAGCCCCCGGGUAGUGCGGGAGGCGGAGGAACUGCUGCAGGACUGCUUCGACGUGGGCGUCCGCGCGUGGCGGUACCUGCGCUCACACGAGAGGGAGAUGUGGAACAAGAUUGAUGCAAUUCAGUCAAACAGAGAAGUGAAUCCCGUGAUUAUUGCAAUUAUCCGGUUGUCUGAUUCGGACAAACACACACACACAUCCACACACACCACGCACACAUGUACAUAUGUGAAUAUACUAAUAUUAACCAUACAUAUGUUCUGCCUCAGGAACCCCCGCGUCUCGUGCCGCGAUCUCCCCGGCGUCAACCUGGAGCUGUGGAAGGAGCGCGUGUCCUGCAGCGUCGGCACCACCAACAUCGACAUCGGAGCGGCCGAACGCAUCUCCCCGUGCGUGAUGUGCACGUGCACCAAGGAAGGGCCUGUGUGCCAGAGCUUGAAGAUCGACAACUGCUUCCACCUGGCGCAGUCCUACAGCCCCGAGGCCAUCCUGAACGACCACGUGUGCAAGGUCCAAUGCGCCUUCGCUUUCCGAGCCUUCCCGAAGGUCGCAGCGCAAGACUCGAACCAGCUGGGCUUCGCCAACAGAUAAACAGGUCAAAUGCAACUCACAAGUGCCUGAUUAUCCAAAUGAUAUUUCAAAACCACGAUAUCGGAUGAGGCUCUGAGUGAUCCCGAUGCUUGUCAAAUGCCAACUUUCGUUCUUUGUUACAAGGAGUCCGUCUUGGUUCUAGUAUUAUGUCGAUGAUUCAUCAGAGCUUAAAUUUUGAUAUUCUCUUUUCUAUCUCCUUUCAUCUUUCAAACUAAUACGAUGUGUCCGUUUUGUUGUUGAUAACUGUUUUAAUGAUCAUUUAUUAGUAUUAUUUUUGUUUCGAAGAUAUUCAUUAUAAACCUUUGCCAAUUACUGUAACAUUAAUUCAGUUCUUAAGAAAAAAAAUAAAUAGAAAAAGAUACCUAAAGGAGCGUGCACCUCCUGGGGAAUGUUCUGUGGCUUCCUGCGUUUCAUACGAAGAUUCUCGGAUGCUGUCUUUACAGUGUUGACAACGUACAGAAAGGUUUCUGUCUACCUUUAGAAAUUUAGUCUUUAUGUGUACCAGUAAAUAAUGUCUUCAUUGUUUAAUCAUAAACUAGCUCCGAAUGAUAAAGAGUUAUUAAAAUGAAGAAAGCCAAAUAAUUUGCAAUAACCAAGGUUAUAUAUUUUCGUCUUGUUUUCCGUAUUGCAGUAUUGUAGCUAUAGCUGUAACAAUUUAGAUAAUACAUUGUGCUAAUAUAUAUAUAUAUAUAUA